AUGUCGCAGGAUGACGCAGAGCCCCCGUCGUUGUCCCAGCUGUCGCCUGGCAGCGUGCUCUCUCGCAUGAAAGCCAUCGAGAAGGAGUCCGUCGUAGAGUUCGAGGCCAUGAAGGCACGCAUCAAAUCAUCCACUGACCCUGGCGAUGGAGCAGUCGAUCGGCUGCGCAGCAUUGCUGUCCAGGCGUGGCGAAAUGCCACCGGCACCACCGUCCCUUGGCAGUUCUUGGGGGACAUCCUCAACAAGGCGAACGCGCAGUUGCGCGACCUCUUCUUCGAGAACUGGUGCGACGGGGUCUGGGACGCCAAGGCGGUGAAUGAGGCAACGAACUUUCAUGCGAAAGCUUCCAACAUCUCGGUGAAAGACUACAUGAAAGAGCACGCGGAGGAUUUCUACACGGAGCUCCUGCGCGAGAAGUGCCCCGACCCUCGGCGCGCGCAAGAGCUGACGCCGGUCCGGUCUAUGGCGCCCGCGGAGAUCGCAGACGCCUGCUCCCGGGUUUCGGUGGGGAACGGAUUGCCUGAGGAUGGGCACUUGGUUCGAGCCGCUUUUCAGGGGCAGUGCGUGUACUAUUGGAAGGGCGCCGCUUCGGAGCUUAAGAACCCGCUCUUGGAGGAGAGCGAGAGCAAAUGGGACGUGGGCGCGCCGUCGAAUCUCCCCCUGAUCGCCGAAGGGGACCCGUCUGGCGGCAAGGACAACCUCAAGAACAUCGUGCUCACGUGGAUCGGCUCCUUGAGCGAGGAGCAGCUUCCAGCAACGACAGUGUGGAAGCAGCGGGACAUCUCGGUCACGGGGAUCGUGAAGCAGCUUAAGAGCACCGGCCCGCAACUCCAGAUUUUGAACGGGGAGCUGGAAAAGGUUCUCAAUUCCAAGAAGGAGAACAUGCUCCAAGAAUCAGACAUCAUCGAGUUCUUGGAUGGCACUGACGCAUUCGGAAAAGGGACUGGUCAAGACCAGUGCUGCAUCAAACCUGUGGCGUGGAUGCUGCUGUGUUCACAAAUGAAGACUUACACUCGGGAAAUGGGCAGCGACUCGUGUGGCCGUCUGCGCUUCGUGCUCCUGCACCUCGACGCUAGCAAGACCAAGAACACGCCCACGGAGGAGAAACUUGUACCCCGGCACCGAAGCAUGGAGUUGCUGACGGAGACCCUCCGAGAAGUCUUGUUGGCGCAGCAGAGUGCGGCGCCGGAGGCAGCGCAUGGGUUCGCCGACGCCGCGAGCGCCCCGAGCUCGUCGCAGCCGCCUGGCGAGUCGGCCGACGCGGCGCGCCCCCCCGUGAAGUUGCGCGCCCGCCUCAGCCGCGCCAUGGCGAACGUGGAGGGGCCGUCGGUGAAGGAGGAGGAGCCGAUAGUGAGAGUGAAGCUGGAGGAGCCCCACCACCCGCCGGCGCAGCCAGUGACAGCUGGCGCCCCGCCCAGCGACAUGGCCGUGAGCAUCAUGGACUGGAAGCCGACGGCCGCCCUCAUAUUCAUCGGAGUUCAGGACGGGUCCUCGGCCGCGUGCAACAAAUCGGGCAACCCCAUGGGCAGCUCCGUCGUGACUAAACACGCGGGCAAAGCUUUCGGCGCUUGCGCCACGGCUAACGUGGCGUCCAGGAACGGGCUGCUCCGCGCCUGCCCCGGCUGCCGCGGCUGA